AUGGUUACAACAUUCGAACAUUUACCAAAUGAAUUAAUAUUAAGAUGUUUUUCAUACUUCAAUUUCUUUGAAUUGUAUGACCUAUUCUAUGAUCUAAACAGACGUUUUCAUCACCUUAUUCGGUAUGAAUCAAAAUUAUACAUCGACUUAGAUGCAGUAUCCGAUGCAAAACGUUUAACUUUUUAUUUGAACUUAAAUCAAAUCAUAGCAACAAAUCAAAACUAUCAGUUAUCAAUUAUAACUGAGAAUGAACACGAUCUACGUAUACUAUUCUACGAUAAUUUAUUUCAAGAUAAAUUAUGUAAUUUAAAAUCUUUGAUAUUAUCCAAUGUACCAGUUGAAACUAUAUAUUCUAUAAUAUUUGAAACAACAGCAAAAUUAUAUGAAGGUUUAAGACACUUGAAAUUACUAGAUGGAAUCAAGACGAAAGAUAAAGAAAGUGAACAUGAUAAGAUACAAAAAUUAUGUAACAACCUAAUAUCAUCGAAAAUGAAAUCAUUAAUAUAUUUACAUAUAAAUUUUGAUCCAUAUGAAUAUCAUGAUGAUACGCCCUCGCCUUUAGAUGAUAUUUAUUUAGAAUUUGAGGAAUUAUCAAAAAGAGGUGAAUCGUUAAGUCAAUUAGAAACUCUUAUUAUCGGAGAGCUCUGUGAUGAUAAUGAUCAUAUUAUGUCGGCACCAACAAUACGCUUUUGUUCAUUAAUAACAAAUUUAUUACCAUGUGUACCGAGAUUAGAAACGCUAUUUAUAAAUUCGAUCCAUUUUAUGCCCUACUAUAAUGAUCUAACAAAAAUAGAAAGAACAACACAUUUAAUGAUACCAUCGAAUUUAAGAAAGGUUACAAUCUGGAUCGAUCGUUUUGAUGGUGAUAAUAUAGAAAAAAAUAUAAAUAUAGUACGACAAUUCUUUAUAAAUAACAAUUUAUUGAAGAUGACAAGCAUUAAAAUCUUCAGUAUUCCAUAUGAAGAGGAUUUUUAG